GCGUAUUUAUAUAUAUCUUCAUAUCCCUUUGAACUAUUUCGUUGGAUUCAUAAAAUAUCAAAAAUAACUAAAUAUGUCAAGACAAGAACUACUUUCACCGGAGGGACUUCGCGUUGAUGGUCGGCGUGCCAACGAGCUGCGUCGCAUUUCCUGCCGCGCUUCAGUGCUAAACUCUGCCGACGGAUCGGCGUACUACGAGCAGGGUAACACCAAAGUCCUUGUUGCCGUGUACGGUCCCCGGGAGCCCCGAGCAAAAUCAUUGACAAUGUAUGACCAAGCGACCAUCAACGUCGAGUUUAACGUGGCGCCAUUCAGCACAAGCGAGCGGAGGAAGCGGUCCAAGGGCGACAAGCGCCUGCUUGAAAUUGCCUCGUUCGUCAAGCAGACAUUCGAGGGCGCCAUUCAAACGAGUGUGUACCCGCGGUCGCAGAUUGAUAUUUACAUCCACUUGCUGCAGCACGAUGGCGGAACUCUGGAGACGUGUAUCAAUGCGGCGACACUGGCACUGGUGGAUGCUGGUAUUUCCAUGAUCGACUAUGUGUGCGCGUGCACGGCUGGGUUUGUGGACGAUACGCCGGUGCUGGAUUUGAAUGGCGUCGAAGAGUCGUCGAUUGAGACACCCGACCUUACGGUGGCCAUCUUGCCCAGGAAUGGCAACAUUGCGCUGCUGCAGAUGGAGUCCAAGCUGCAUUCCUCCAAGCUGGAGGAGGUCAUGGACCUUGCCGUUGAGGGGUGCAAGCACAUUCACAAGAAACUCGACCAGGCUGUUUUGGCCGCCGCAAACGACUUGGCCGACAAGCUCAGCCACUAAGUAUAGAAAAAUAAAUAAAGUCACAUUUUUUU